GGCCUCUCUGAAGCUUCAUCUUUUCAUUACUGCCCCUCCCUUAUUGAUAUCCACCUUGUCCGCGAUCAACAAGCCACCGUACUCGGCUGUUGACACAUCCUCCAGUGCGGCAAAGCCCCGCCUCAAAAAGUCCGACAUCCUCUCCGCAGCUCUGGUCGAAGUGAAGAGCCCCAAAAAGCUGCCCUCUAGGGCUAUAUACUACUCAAUUGAGCUUCGGGCUCAUCAGGAUGCAAGCAACAUGGCUCAGGCCAGGCUUCUCUGCCAGCCGGCUGGCCGUUCGUGCUCGACAGUCUUCGUCUCGACCAAAGUCCGCCCUUCGAACUUGUGGCAAGAGUCAAACCGCCCAGACACUGAGGAACUUAAAUGGUCCUGCAAGAAGAACAUUCUACUCUAGUGCUACAGAUGAGCCUCUUGACGGUAAAGCAGCCGCCACGUCCUCGAAGUCCGACCCUUUCGCCCCGCUGGAUACAUUUGCCCGCCGCCACAUUGGGCCUACGGCUACCUCUGCCGACGAGAUGCUGAAAACACUAGAUCCCCCUGCCGCGACCCUCGAUGAGUUUGUCAAGCAGGUCAUUCCACCGGACGUCCUCUCCUCUCGAGACAUCCAGAUGUCGUGGCAACUGAACGAUAAACAGCCCAUGCGCCAGCAAAACGGCCCUUUUGCUGAAGAGCAUAUGCUUAAGGUCUUGAAAGGCAUUGCAUCGCAAAAUAAGAUCUUCCAUAACUUCAUUGGGUGUGGAUAUGCUGGCACGAAAACACCAGAGGUGAUAAAGAGGAACGUCUUGGAAGGGCCGGGUUGGUAUACGAGCUAUACGCCAUACCAGCCCGAAAUCAGUCAGGGCAGGCUAGAGUCUCUACUAAACUUCCAGACAAUGGUAACCGAUCUGACUGCUCUCCCGAUUGCAAACGCAUCGGUGCUGGAUGAAUCGACUGCUGCAGCGGAGGCCAUGACACUGUCCCUCAGCAGUCUUCCCGUUUCGAGACAGAAACUGCCCAACAAAACUUUCUUUGUAUCCCAUCUAUGUCACCCUCAAACGAUCGCAGUGCUAGCGUCCAGGGCCGAGGGCUUCGGAAUCAAAAUCGAAGUGGGAGAUGUCCUUCGAAACGGGAGCGAACAGAUUGAGAAACUUGGUGAUGACCUUGUUGGAGUGCUCGUCCAAUAUCCGAAUACCGAUGGUGGUGUAGACGACUUUAGGGCCCUUUCGAACAUUGUUCACAAGCAAGGAGCUACAUUCAGCGUUGGGGCGGAUCUUCUCGCCUUGACUGUGCUGACGCCGCCUGGCGAAUUUGGUGCAGACGUGGUCUUUGGAAAUGCUCAGCGGUUUGGCGUGCCUCUAGGUUACGGUGGACCUCACGCUGCGUUCUUCGCUUGCACAGAAAAAUACAAGCGGAAAAUACCCGGACGACUUAUUGGACUCUCAAAGGAUCGGCUCGGCGACAACGCCGCUAGACUUGCGUUGCAGACAAGAGAGCAGCACAUUCGCAGAGAAAAAGCCACAAGCAACAUCUGUACAGCUCAGGCGUUGCUUGCCAACAUGAAUGCCUUCUACGCUGUCUAUCACGGCCCUCAGGGCUUGAAAGAUAUUGCCGAGAAUGUCAACCGUAUGGCGAGAUCCCUUCAAAGCAGCCUCAAAGUCCUUGGUUUUCCUACUGGCCAGAGGGGAAAGCUUGAUAACGCGCCGGUACUGUUCGACACGAUUGUGAUAGGUACUGGCGAUAAAACGCGACCCAUCAUAGACAUGGCGGCUAAGCCGCCAUAUUCGAUCAACUUGCGAGAAGUCGACGCAGAUCACAUUGGAAUCAGCGUCGACGAAACUACUCAAAAAAAGUUUGUCAAGCUGAUUCUCGAAAUAUUCUGGACACAUAGUGGCAGCACAGAACGGCAGGUCCUCGAAGACGCCAAGAACCAACUUGCACGUUCUUCAAAAUUCGAACUGCCGCCUCGUUUCAAACGCACGUCACCAUAUCUUACCCAUCCGGUGUUUAACUCGUACCAUUCGGAGACCGAGCUUUUACGAUAUAUUCACCAUCUUCAGUCCAAGGACCUUUCUCUUACGCAUUCCAUGAUCCCUCUGGGCUCCUGCACGAUGAAGCUUAAUGCAACCGCAGAAAUGGUACCAAUAUCCUGGCCAGAAUUCUCAAACAUUCAUCCCUUUGCUCCCACGUCCCAAACUAAGGGGUACCGAACCUUGAUCAAUAUGUUGGAGAAGGACUUGGCUGAGAUCACUGGAUUUGAUGCUGUAUCCCUUCAGCCGAACUCUGGUGCCCAAGGAGAAUUUACUGGCCUGCGAGUUAUCCGCAAGUACCUGGAUCAACAGCCGGGCAAGAAGCGGGAUAUCUGCCUGAUUCCAGUAUCCGCCCAUGGAACCAACCCAGCCAGCGCCGCGAUGGCGGGAAUGCGCGUCGUACCAAUCAAGUGCGAUACUGGAACAGGUAAUCUCGAUAUCGCGGAUCUGAAAGCCAAAUGCGAGAAGCAUAGCGAGGAACUUGGGGCUAUCAUGAUCACCUACCCAAGUACCUUCGGUGUAUUUGAGCCGAAGGUCAAGGAGGCUUGCGAGCUCGUCCAUCAGCAUGGUGGGCAGGUUUACAUGGAUGGAGCCAACAUGAACGCACAGAUUGGGCUUUGUUCUCCUGGCGAGAUCGGGGCCGACGUCUGCCAUCUCAACCUUCACAAGACUUUCUGCAUUCCUCACGGCGGUGGAGGACCUGGUGUUGGACCUAUUGGCGUCAAGAACCAUCUUGCACCCUUCUUACCGGGCCACCCUCUCAUUAAGACUGGAGGUGAUCAGGCUAUUGCCCCCGUCAGCGGUGCUCCCUGGGGUAGCGCGAGCAUCCUGCCAAUCAGCUUUGCGUAUAUCAAGAUGAUGGGUGGUGUUGGCCUCACACAUGCAACCAAGAUCACUCUUCUGAACGCGAACUACAUUCUCUCACGUCUAAAGCCAUAUUACCCCAUCCUCUACACCAACGAAAACGGUCGUUGCGCUCACGAGUUCAUCCUUGAUGUCCGGAAGUUUAAGGACUCCGCGGGAGUUGAGGCUAUUGAUAUCGCCAAGCGUCUUCAGGACUACGGCUUCCACGCUCCGACUAUGUCGUGGCCUGUUGCCAACACACUCAUGAUUGAGCCGACAGAAUCGGAGGGCAAGGAUGAGCUGGAUCGCUUCUGUGACGCGCUGAUCUCUAUCCGUAAGGAGAUUGAAGCGAUAGAGAAGGGCGAGCAGCCGAAAGAAGGCAACAUGUUGAAGAUGUCUCCGCAUUCACAGAAGGAUUUGAUUGUUGGUGAAUGGGACCGAAGCUACACUAGAGAAAUGGCGGCGUACCCGUUGCCGUAUCUUAAGGAGAAGAAGUUCUGGCCGUCAGUCACGAGAUUAGACGAUGCGUACGGCGACACGAACCUAUUCUGCACAUGCGCGCCAGUAGAAGGGGCCGAAGACAUCACAGGAGCGGCAGCGCCGACACCAACUUAAUUGGAUUAUCACACAGUGCGUCUUUCAAGCACGAUUAAACCUUCCAACGAAAUAUAGAGCAUUUCGCUCGCCAUCUGGAGAGCUUUUCAACUUGCUAUCUGGGGGUCUUUUCAACUAGACUUGGGCGGGUCUGGCAUUUUUCAACAACCAGCGAAGGAGUAAGGGAGUUGCAUGGUGAGCCAAUAGAGGCCUUUAACAGCCCCACGGCUCGAUCCUUGUCGACAUGUACGAUGAGGCUAUUGACAUUGGUUACCGAGAGCUUUGGGAUAGCCGAGAGUGAUAGAGCGGUACAGGGCGGUUUCUGGAGACAGUGUGACAGGUUAGC